UAUUUUUGGACUGUGGAGCAAAUGUCGCCUCCAGCGUUCAACUAUUCAGGAGAGAUGACGGCGUUUUCGGAAUCGGCCUGGUCGCCAGAUAAGGGGAAGAACAACGGCGUGGAUAUGCAGUGGGGAGGGGGGUCCCUGUUCGUUAGUGAGGACGAGAGACAGGACACGGACACAGGCGGGAUCAGAAAACUCUCCCACCGCAGAGCGGUGCCAACGGUCGACCUGUCCCGGUGGAUACAGGCCAACUUUGCCGUGGAGGAUGACAUAGUGUUCAAACUCGACGUCGAAGGAGCAGAGUACGCCAUCCUGAAGAAGAUGCUGAAAGACGGCACAUUCCGCUGGAUUGACAAGUUUUAUGGCGAGUUCCAUCCCUUUCAACCAACCGGACUCAGCUGGAGCGAAAAGGACCAGUUGAUGGACGAGUUGGCGAAGAAGAAGAUCACUCAGCUGUCCUGGGCGGCAGAGGAUAUAGAGGAGUUGCACCAAGCAAAGGUCCCCCGUGGAACCAGCGGCACAGCCGGGACUGUCUACCGGUCGUGUGGGUUCGGUAGCCCGUCAGUUCCCGGCCGGGUCUCCCUGGUCAUAGAGGUGGGCAUGAACGCCAAGAUGGCGCACAGACUGAUCGAAACCAUUCGAGCUUACAGAGUUUACAUACCACUCAGCGUAUUUGUGUACGGAGACUUUGCCGAGCUUUUCCCCGAGAUGGUUCUGAACUGGUCCCUGAACCACACCGUCGGUGUCCGGGAGGGGCAUCCGUACCCGCCGGGACACUUCGACAUCAUCAACCCGAGAUGGAUCCGUACCAACGUCAUCAUCAGCGUGCUCCGUCUCCAUGAGCUUGGUCUUCAGCCGGCCUUCUACCUCCCGGCCAGUACCGGUAAGGACAUCACCGGCGCUGCAGCACAGAGGAACCUGCGUGUGGUCUACCCAACCGCACGGUUUCCACCAACAAAAGGAACGCUGCUCAUCUAUAACAACUACUACUACUACCGAGACGUGGAGCGAGUGCCCAAAGCUUUGCGCAUGAUCAGUUCAGCUUUAGGUCAGAACGGAGCUGACGUGAGGCCCCGGCUGUUCUCCCGUACCGUGAAUGUGGGAGACGCGGUAACGUUAGAGAUGGUUCGGAACCCUGCCUCCACCAGGACUGGAGCCCUGGAGUGGAGGAAGAACGGAGUCGUCCUACAGGGUCAGACGGCUCUCACACUCAACAUCAACAACGUCCAGUCUUCUGAUGAAGGGAUCUAUGAGUGCUACUAUGGCUGGGCGUAUUCUGACAGGAAGCAGGGCAUCAUGAGGCUCAUGGUUAGAGCCUGUUCCUCCGGACGAUUCGGUAAAACGUGUAGGUUCAGCUGCAGUGGAGGCUGUCAGGGCCAGCUGAUGACGGUUCCGGAUCCGCGUGUCCGGGCGGCACUUACGGGGCAAGCUGCACCCAAACCUGUCAUUGUUCAUCUGGAAACUCAGCCUGUAACGCGGAAACCGGAGCGUGUAGCGGUGGAUGUGCGGCUGGCUGGGAGGGAUAGGAAGAACGGAGUCGUCCUACAGGGUCAGACGGCUCUCACACUCAACAUCAACAACGUCCAGUCUUCUGAUGAAGGGAUCUAUGAGUGCUACUAUGGCGGGGCGUAUUCUGACAGGAAGCAGGGCAUCAUGAGGCUCAUGGUUAGAGGUAAGUCCUAUCACGUACACAUCAUCAUCAUCAUCUGGCGGCUGCGUUAG